AUGGAGAGAAUCAUACAGCAAACUGACUACGAUGCAUUGUCUUGCAAGUUAGCAGCAAUCUCAGUUGGAUAUCUUCCCUCAAGCGUCCUGCAAGGAUUUUCGGUCGAUAUGGCCAGCAAGUAUACACAAUGGCAUCGCGACUACUUGCUUACUCUCAAAAAAUUCAGUAGACGUACUUUUGGGAAAGUAGACAAAGCAAUGAGAUCUUCAUUCCCGGUGAUGAAUUAUGGAACUUAUUUGCGUACUGUGGGAAUAGAUGCAGCCAUACUGAAUUUUUUAGAUGGGAAUGAACAGGUUCAGGUAGUGAAUUUUGGUUGUGGUUCAGAUUUACGAAUGCUACCCCUGUUACAAAUGUUCCCCAAUCUGACGUAUGUAGACAUUGAUUACAGUGACUCGGUAGAGUUGAAGAAUAAUAUUUUGCGUGAGAGUAAAAUUUUGCGCACUUCCCUUGAUUUGCCAGAAGAGAAUGCGGCAACAGCACCACUUUUGAUAGAUCAGAAAAGGUAUAAACUUGUUGCAUGUGAUUUGAACAAUACUACUGAAACCGCUCGUCUGCUAGAUACAUGUACCGACCGUGAUAUACCUACCGUGGUGAUAUCUGAAUGUCUCUUAUGCUAUAUGCAUAAAGACGAGGCUCAACUACUCAUAAAUACAGUCUUGGAAAGGUUUGUACACGGACUAUGGAUAUCGUACGAUCCUAUUGGUGGUUGUCAACCGAAUGAUCGGUUUGGCACCAUUAUGCAGUCCAACUUAAAGGAAUCAAGAAAUUUGGAAAUGCCCACACUAAUGACGUAUAACUCGAAAGAAAAAUACGCUUCAAGAUGGUCCACAGCUCCCAAUGUGACUGUCGAUGAUAUGUGGGAAAUUUUCAAUGCACAAAUCCCCGAAUCUGAAAGGAGAAGACUUAGAACACUACAAUUCUUGGAUGAAUUAGAGGAACUGAAAGUCAUGCAGACUCACUACGUCCUUAUGAAGGCUAAAUGGUAG